ACUGUUGCAUUGUCAAAAACAGAACAGAAAAAGGUUCAAAAAGCCAAUUACAGCUGUAUUUUCUCAUAAUAGACGCAGCUGAAGAAGCAGACUUGUAGGUCACUGGUAUCCUCAGAUAUCAUGGAUCUUGAUAGCGAUGUACUGAAGCCCCUGGGCACCUUCCUGGUGGAAUACAGAGAAGGAGAUUUUCUCGGCCAUGGUCUGGCAUACUUCUCACAAGUCCCUAUUCUAGCUGCCAUGUUCAUCAUUGGUUUCUGGUUCCGAGCUAGAGACCUUCACUCGCCGACCAUGUCUGUAGGUCUUGUCCUGUGCGUCGCUGUCAACUUGGUCCUCAAGAAUGUCUUCAAACAACCACGACCGUAUGUGCACACUCAUUUGAAGACGUAUGGAAUGCCGUCUGAUCACUCUCAGUACAUGGGCUUUCUGGCUACCUAUGUCACUGGUCUGAUUUGCACACGGUGUCGUCCAUUGAGGAGCCGUCUCAUGCUAUUCUCGUAUGGAUCAGCUGUCGUAGGUGUGUGGACACUGGCAUUGCUCGUCUGCUGCUGUCGGGUCUACUUGCAGUAUCAUAGUCCUGAGCAAGUGAUUGUGGGCUGCUGUGUGGGCAGUGGACUGGCACUCGUAUGGCUAAGCAUUGUCCUGAAUGUCCUGGAGCCGUACUUCAGCACCAUUGCAUCAUGGCCUCUUCUGAAUCUCAUCCUUGAUGUACCACAUCGCUGAUGUGUAUCACUGACAGAUGAGUCACAGUCGGCUUGGAUGUCUAUUAUGUCGUCGCACUGGUGUGCUCUGCUUGUGCUCCCAGACCCCUGUGCAGCCCCAGGGCACUGCACUGUAAUGCCUGCUACAACUAUAGUCAUCAGCAUUGCAUUCUGUUGCCAUGUCAUAGGCCUGCCAUCCCUGUCUCUGGUGGCAGUCAGUGUGGUGGUGCCUGCUGUCCCAUACCUCGAUCACACGGUGAUGCUCUGGUGCUGUAUGACUCACCCUGUUGUGUCAUACAGUUUGCCUUUCUCCCACCUGCUACCGCCUUGCAUGCUCUGACAGCGACAUCCAGCUAGUAGCAGUGGGAAUUCAAAGUUUCUCGUGCAUGCUUCUUGCAGUAUGCGUACCAUGCUGAAACGCUCCGAACGGUUACACCAUGGCGUGUAUGGUGACUGGCAAUCCGUAGAUAUAUCUACACGUGUGGCUCAGGCUCUUGCAGAUUAUUCUAAACUAGGUCCUCUCUAUAUUAUUAAUUAUUAUUGCUUUCACCCUGCUGUCUGGCCCUCGUUGUGCUCCUAGAAUGAAGGUGAAUGUUUCCACUCUACCCACACCCGCCCUCCGACUACAAUCAUACAUGUAUUAUUACUUUACUUGUGGAAUCUGUUGUUAUUAUUAUUAUUUGAACCUCAAUUGGCCGUCGUGACCUCUGGUUAUCCCGACGUUCUACUUAUAGUUAUCCCACAGAAUACUGAGAAUAGUGGUGUCAAAAGUUAUAUCGGCUUUUGCGAAUCUGAACUGGCCAUGCAAUACGAUCUUUCUUUUCACGGAGCGGGCCAGUGCACUGUGCAAUGGGCUUCGAAUUAUCGAUAGGCGAUUGCAAAUUUUGAACUGUAACAGCAGGAAUCCCUCACAUUUAUCUCGUGUCCUACAUGGUGUUCUUGGCUACAAUCUUUUUUUAAAAACUUUUUACUUGAGCCGCCAGUGCUGUCGGAUAACUGGCACACUGGGUCACUGAAUGCCAGAUAAGUGAAACGCAACCUGUACUGGUACUGGACUUCCAGGCUGGGCCAAUCAUCAGAUCAUCAGUAGCAAGAGUACAUAAACCGUACUCUUGUCAGUAGACAGUACCAACGAGUACAUUCAUUACAGGGGCGGAUCCAGGGGUUCUAUGGAACCCCUAAUUCUGUGAAUGUAUUACUGGCAACCAUAAUGCGUGUCCAUGUACAUGUAUCAGCUAUUCAGUUUUGACUAUUGGAACCCUCAUGUAGAGAUCGCUGGAUCGGCCGCUGCAUUAUGACUUUACUCUUUUGUUAUAAACGCGAGCAUGUGCAGCUGGGACUGUGACAGUUUACCUACGGGUACGACUCGCCGUCAUG